AUGGCAUCCUUCUCCUCCUCCAAUGCGCUCGCACUUGGUGCGCUCGUCUUCUCCCUCCUUGUCACGUAUGGCUCGUGCGCUAGACCGGCGGUCAACUUUACCGCCUCCGACUUCACCGCCGAUCCCAACUGGGAGGCGGCCAGAGCCACCUGGUACGGUGCGCCCACCGGCGCCGGCCCUGACGACGAUGGUGGCGCCUGCGGGUUCAAGAAUGUGAACCUGCCACCGUUCUCCGCCAUGACGUCGUGCGGCAACCAGCCCCUGUUCAAGGACGGCAAGGGAUGUGGCUCCUGCUACCAGAUACGAUGCCAGAAGCACCCUGCGUGCUCCGGCAACCCAGAGACGGUGAUCAUCACUGACAUGAACUACUACCCCGUGGCCAAGUACCACUUCGACCUCAGCGGCACGGCGUUCGGCGCCAUGUCCAAGCCCGGCCGCAACGACGAGCUCCGCCACGCCGGCAUCAUCGACAUGCAGUUCAAGAGAGUGCCCUGCAAUUACCCUGGGCAGAAGGUGACUUUCCACGUCGAGGAGGGGUCCAACUCCGUCUACCUCGCGGUGCUCGUCGAGUUUGAAGACGGCGACGGCGACGUGGUGCAGGUGGACCUGAUGGAGGCCAACUCAGGCUACUGGACGCCGAUGCGCGAGUCCUGGGGAUCCAUCUGGAGGCUCGACUCCAACCACCGGCUGCAGGCGCCCUUCUCGCUGCGCAUCACAAACGAGUCCGGCAGGACGCUGGUGGCCAAUCAGGUCAUCCCGGCCAACUGGGUGCCCAACACCUACUACCGCUCCAUUAUCCAUACUAUGAUGGCCACCUUGCCCUCCACAGUAGUUGCACUUGGUGCACUUCUCUUCUUGCUCCUUGCAACGUGUGGCUCAUGCGCGAGACCGGUGAGCUUUAACGCCUCCGACUUCACCGCCGAUCCCAACUGGGACGCUGCCAGGGCCACCUGGUACGGUGCGCCCACCGGCGCCGGCCCUGACGACGACGGUGGCGCCUGUGGAUUCAAGAACGUGAACCUGCCGCCGUUCUCGGCAAUGACAUCGUGCGGCAACGAGCCCCUGUUCAAGGACGGCAAGGGCUGCGGCUCCUGCUACCAGAUACGAUGCACAAACAACGAUGCCUGCUCGGGCAACCCAGAGACGGUGAUCAUCACUGACAUGAACUACUACCCCGUGGCGAAGUACCACUUCGACCUCAGCGGCACGGCGUUCGGCGCCAUGGCCAAGCCCGGCCGCAACGACGAGCUCCGCCACGCCGGCAUCAUCGACAUCCAGUUCAAGAGGGUGCCCUGCAACUACCCCGGGCAGAAGGUGACUUUCCACGUCGAGGAGGGCUCCAACCCCGUUUACUUCGCGGUGCUCGUCGAGUUCGAAGACGGCGACGGCGACGUGGUACAGGUGGACCUCAUGGAGGCCAACUCCGGGUCGUGGACGCCGAUGCGCGAGUCCUGGGGAUCCAUCUGGAGGCUGGACUCCGGCCACCGCCUCACCGCGCCGUUCUCGCUGCGCAUCACCAACGAGUCCGGCAAGACGCUGGUGGCCAACCAAGUCAUCCCGGCCAACUGGGUGCCCAACACCUACUACCGUUCCAUCAUCCAGUAUUAG